UAACUCCUGCGAUGUUGAACAGAGCGUGGGGAUUUUGUUUGUUUGUCAUUUGUUGUAUAAUUUAAAGGUCUUGCACGAUUGCUUCGCAUCACAGCUGAACUGCUGGUAGCAGAAGCAAGGUUUGCUGUUGUUGUUAACGCAUUUGAAGCACUGAUCUUGCAAGACUCAAUAGGAACAGAUCCUGCAAGGUUUGCCAUCUAGAGUCACCAAUUAAUACUGCUGUCUGGUCAAAGCAAUUGAGCUAACCCACCUGAAAAUGAAAGCUGUCAGCCCAGUGCCUCCCCCAAAGAAAACCUCGUCGUCUCCGGGCUGCUGUGAGCUGCCCCUGCGGUGCUUGUCGGAGCACAGCCUGAGCAUUGCCAGGUGUAAAAUGGAAGAUGAGGACUCCCUCUGUUUACAAUACGAUAUGAACGACUGCUACAGUCGCCUUAAACGACUGGUCCCCACCAUUCCUCCAAACAAGAAAGUGAGUAAAGUGGAGAUUUUGCAGCAUGUGAUCGACUACAUUCUGGAUUUGCAGUUAGCUUUGGAGACGCAUCCAGCGCUGCUUAGGCAACAGGAGGGCCGUCCAGCAGUGGCAGCCGCCGCCCCUCGCACACCUCUCACAGCACUCAACACUGACUUGGAUGGCUCUGUUGUGAAAAAUCAGAUUGACAGUAUCUUAUGCCGUUGAACUACGUAGAAGGUGUGUGCAGCAGGCUGAGAAUGGAGCAAGAAGAGCAGAGGGAAGGAGAAAAAACUGAGAGGGAACACCGCAGAAGAGAGGAAGACUCCAGAACCACCAUCCAUGAAAAGUAUGAACAAAUACCUAACCUGUGUGUUUGGACAUUUUCCUGACUGCAAACUGGGUUCCCCCAUCUCAACCAUCACAGUGUUGUAAUUGACACACUUUUCUAUAACAAAUCCUAGGACCCAAAUGAUGAAUGAACGAGAACGCUUGAAAGGGGGUGAAUGGAAUAAAGAAGGGCAGGAGUCAAAGAGCUGUAGAAGUAAAAGUAUUAGUUUAAUCCUCAGCAGAGCUGAUUCACAAAGCUUUACUAAUCUACCACAGAACUGUAGAUGAAUUCUGACAUCUAUUGUUUCAGAUAGAUGACUGCAAGGGGCACGGGGAUAUUCUAUUCCCCGAAAGGACAUUAUGUUGUAUAGUGAGUGACAUUUUUUCAGUUUUGUAUAUACAGAUGUUCUAUAAGUAAGUGUAAGUGAAAAUAUAUGCUUUAACAGAUUAGUGUAAUUAAAAUAUUUUUAAUUAAAUGCAUUUUUUGUAAAUAAA